UUUUGUUUUGAAGACAGAUUCCUCUUACAUCCGGCGUUACUAGCGCUAACUCCGAAAAACUACUGUCUUUCAGCAUCAUCCAAACAUUAGCUUGUUGGUUAGCUUUUCAGCUAGCCAAACUCUUAGGAAAAAUAGAGCUCCUAGCCAAGCUUAUCUAUGAGUCGCAAACGAAACCACAGUUUCGCUGAAACGAGCCUGUCUCCUGAACUCCACGGUGCCUUCAUGGAGCCUCCCGGUUCAGCGAGCCGAGGCGACGGCGAUUUCCUGGAGCUGGAGCACGACGAGGAGCUGCUCUGCUCGGUCAGCGACAUCACCGAGCACCUCGGCAGAAACAUCACCGUGGUGCUGGAGACAGCGCUGUCUGAGAUCCGCAAAAUGGUCAGCAUCAGGAUACGAGUCCUGAAAAUGGAGCUGCGCGAGAAAACCGAAGAAAUUGAAGUCUUAAAGGCGAGACUAGAUACAGUCCAGCGGGAUGGCAGGGACCCUUUCCCCGGCGUUACGACCAUGGAGCCGUCUGGAGAUGCUGGCUUCAAGAAACAUGACUUCAGCUCAGGCACCAAACACAAUAGUAUCGACCCAAGGAGAGCCAAGGCUGUCAUGCCGGGUGUGAAGAAGGAGAAUAUAGAUGCUAUUUGCGACUAUCUGAUGAAAGACAAGAACUCGAGGGGGUGUGCUGAAAUGGACGCAGACCAGAGCAGCCAAGCCAGCGGCGACCGGGAGCCUCGCCAAGAUCCGGACCCGCACUCCCUCAACCUGUGGCCCGACAGCGGCAUGGCUGGCUCCGGGCACGGGCACGGAGACUCUGAGUCCACCACAGAUGACCUGUUCAGUAUGCUCCCCUCUGGCAGCAAACGGAUGUAUGACUACGAAUGGAUAGCACCAAUGGAUUAUUCUUCAGACCUGAAAGUUCUGAAGGAGCCGGAGUGUGAGAGCAGCCCGAAGGCCCCGACCGAGGACGAUGAGGAAGAAGAGUCGCCGAGGAGGGACGGGGGAGUGCUGGAGCCGGCCCAGGCCCCGCUGUCGCACGUCCAUCCCUCCGAGUUCUCCAUGGAGCCCCAGAGCUCUCCGGGGGAGGGGGGGAGUCCCUUGCAGGGCAGCACAGACAGGCCUGUGGCAGGCCAGCAGUUCCCCGGCCACACCUACAUCUGCUCUCUGUGUGGAACCUUCUGCCCCGACUCUGUGUUCCUCGAGGAGCAUGUCAAACUGAUACACUCGGACUCUGCCGGCGCCCAGGCUCUCCAGGCCCUGCAGUCCACCUGCUCGGCGGUGCCUGCCAUGGGGGACGGCAACGCUGACCCGAGGAGGGGCGGCGGCGGCGGCGGGGGGCAGAGCGAGGAUGGCACAGGGGCCGGGGCCGGGGCUGGGGCUGGCGGCGGUGGCAUGGCGCGGGGAGCGGCACCUGUGAAAAAGGAGAUUAAAAUCGAGGGCGGGUACGAGUGCGGGGACUGCGGCCGCCGUUUCAACUACCUUGGCAACCUGCGGCAGCACCAGCGCAUCCACACCGGGGAGAAGCCCUUCAUGUGUCCCGAGUGCGGGGAGCGCUUCCGCCACGCCGCCCGCUUAAAAAGCCACCGUCUGGUGCACAGCAGCGCCCAGAGCCCCUUCCCGUGCCCCCAGUGCGGGAAAGGCUUCUCAGUGCUGUCGGGACUCAAGAGACACCAGCGCGUGCACACGGGCGAGAGCCCGUACGCCUGUCCACAGUGCGGCCGGCGCUUUAAGGAGCUGGGGAACCUGUACACCCACCAGAGGAUCCACAGCGGCGCCACGCCCUACUGCUGCCAGCAGUGCGGCCGCAGCUUCCGCCACCUGGGGACGUACAAGAGCCACCGCUGCACGCCGCUAGGGGUGUAA